AUGUACACCACGCCAGACGAGUUCAAGGCUCGUUACGCGACGCUGCAGGCGACGUUUGCGUCCGGCAAGACCAAGUCGGUGGAAUGGCGCAAAUGGCAGCUGAAACAGUUCUGGUGGAUGAUGGAGGAUGGCGAGGAGGCCCUCGUGGCAGCCAUGAAGGGGGAUCUGCAUCGUCACCCGUACGAGUCGAUUACGGUCGAGAUCCGCGCUGUCAAGGCCACCGUGCUUGAGAUGCUGGACCACGUCGAGGAGUGGGCCAAGGGCGAAGUACCAGCGGCACCGGGUCUGCUCUUCAGGCUGAUGGGCAAAACGUGGAUCCGCAGCGAACCCUACGGUGUGGUGAUGGUUAUUGCCGCGUGGAACUUCGCGCUGGCAUCGCUGAUACUUCCCGCGCUGGCUGCGGUGGCGGCGGGAAACUGCGUGGUGCUCAAGCCGGCGGAAGGGACUGCGCGGACGCAGAACGUACUGGCCGAGCUGGCGAACAAGUAUCUAGACAGCGAGGCGAUCUGUGCGGUGACGGGGGGCCCCCAGGAGACGGCGGCCAUGCUCGAGUAUAAAUUCAACCAUAUCUGCUUCACGGGCGGUAGUCGGGUGGGCCGACUGGUCGCGAUGGCGGCGGCCAAGCAUCUCACGCCGACGAUUCUCGAGCUCGGAGGCCAGGCGCCCGCGAUAGUGACGCGCAGUGCCGACAUUGAACUCGCGGCGAAGCGGCUGGCUAAUACGAAGCUCGCAAACGGCGGACAGGUCUGUUUAUGUGUGAACCAUGUGUUUGUCCAUCCGGACAUCCAUGAUCAAUUUGUGCAGCGCACGGUCUACUGGCUGCAGCAGUUUCUGCGCGAGGGAACCGAUCAGAUGGCCCGCAUCGUGAACGAGCACCAUUUCGACCGGGUCACCGGUCUGCUCGGCAAGACAGAAGGGACCGUCGUCUAUGGCGGCGACAGCGAUCGAACCACCCGCUUCGUCCAUCCAGCAGUGGUGACCGAGGUCUCGGUUUUGGACAGCCUGAUGUCAGAAGAGCUGUUCGCGCCCAUUCUACCUGUUAUCAAGGCGGACGUGGAUGCCGCGCUGGCGACCAUCACUUCGAUGCCGCACCCGCUGGCGCUCUACAUCUUCUCUCGCGACCGGCAGGAGAUCGAUCGGAUCCUGGACGCGACAAACUCCGGCGGCGUGACCGUCAACGAUGCCAUGUUGCACAGCGCGGUACCAUCCGUCCCCUUUGGCGGCGUCGGCGAGUCCGGCCACGGGGCCUACGGGGGCAAAUGGGGGUUCGACGCCUUCAGCCACCAGCGGACAGUGCUGUUCAUGGGCGGGUCGUGGGUGGACAAAGUGUUAAGCAUGCGAUACCCACCAUUCAACAUGGCAAAUCUGAAGUAUCUGGCCUUGUCCAAGCCAAAGUUCCGGCGCGGGGAGGCGAUGGCAGAGCAGCGGAGAAAACAGCGAGGGUUUCCUAUCGGGCCGCUUAUAACCCUCAUCUUGGGAGGAUACCUCAUGCGAGACUACUUGGGGAUUUCCACAUUGAUCAAUCGAAUAGUGGAACGGUAUCCGUAG